ACAAAUAUGUGUAGCAAUCUGAGCGACUUGUUCGCCUGCAUCAGAGUCCAGGGAAAUUCGGAUGCGGAUGCGGAUUCGGAUUUAAACAGCACCACCCAUCAGCGAAAUAGCGCAGAUGUGGACGAUGUGGCACUCGAUCCCCAAAGUGAUUCGUUUAGACGGCAGCAGCUGCAGUUGCUAAUUCAGCAGAAUGAGAAGUCCAGGGCAAUUCGACAGGAUCCACUUCCGUCUCCCACGAACAACAGCAUUCGACGGUACGAUCAGGUUUUUGGCAGUGCUGCCCAGAGCAAAAACAUCAGUUCUAGGCGGAAAUUAUAAUGAAACCUUGAUUCGUACACUUGAGAAAACUGGCUGCUCUCCAAAGUACAUACAAAUAAUAACUGUCUAUUUAUAGGCAUGAGUAACAAACUUUCUUUCAACACAACACUUUACAUUGUACCACUUCUAUUAUUAUGACCGCAGCUGUAUAUAUGUGGCACAGAAACAUUUUAAGUUUUACAAAACGUUUGAUAAACGAGCUAUAUUAUUUAUUUAAAUGUUACCCAAGCUCAUAGAAUACAAAUUCAAUUCUUAA